AUGAAGCAAAAAUUUCUCGCACAUAAAAUUAACCAAUAAGCGUCUAAUCAUUCUUGCCUAAAUUACCAAAUCUAGAGCUUGCCAGAAUCUUGUCAAUGGUUUUAUCGCAAUAUGCAUCGGUCCAAUUAUUUCCUUGUUCCUAAACUUUUGGUGAUUUCCCUAAUCAGUCAAGAUUUAGGAAUCGGCCCAUCUUUAGGGAUAAAUUCACAGGACAUAAUGUGUGUAUAUAUAUCACUCGUUUGGAGAAAUCAUUCUUGAUUCUUGAUUUGAUCUCUUUCUGACACUCCGGGUUCAAUGGUUGUGAGCUCUCUUCGCCCCCGAAUGGUUGUUGGAUCGAGGAGAAAUGUUCGAACACCGAAGCCCAGCAAGGGCAGGAAGAAGAUCGAGAUCAAGAGGAUAGCCAACAAAAGCAAUCAGCAGGUCACGUUCUCGAAGAGAAGGACGGGCAUGUUCAAGAAGGCGAGUGAGCUCAGCAUCCUGUGCGGAGCCCAGGUCGCGAUAAUUGUUUUCUCCCCCGUCCACAAGAUCUUCUGCUUCGGCCACCCGAGUGUCGAGGCAGUCCUUAACCGGUAUCUCCAUGGCAGCAACUCGCAGCAAGAUCACCAGCACCAGGUGGCACCCGCCAAGAAAAAAGAGGUCCUUAACCGGUAUCUCCAUGGCAGCAACUCGCAGCAAGAUCCCCAGCACCAGGCGGCACCUGCCGAGAAAAAGGAUGGCAAUAACAACACCUUGGAUGCGGCCUCAAUCCAAGCACUGAACCUGCAGUAUGCCAGAACGAUGAAGGAGCUGGAGAUAGAGAAGAAGGUGGUCCUUAACCGGUAUCUCCAUGGCAGCAACUCGCAGCAGGAUCACCAGUACCAGGUGGCACCUACCAAGGAAAUGGAUGGCAGUAACAUCGCCUUGAAUGCGGCCUCAAUUCAGGCACUGAACUGGCAGUAUGACAGAACGAUGAAGGAGCUGGAGAUAGAGAAGAAGAGGGCUGUGGAGAUUGAGUCCGAGAAGGGGAAGUCGAAGAGCUCUGGGUUUUGGUGGGAGGAGCCGGUUGAUGUGGAAGGAAUGGCUGUGGAGGAGCUAGAGCAGUACAUCUUGGCCAUCGAAGAGCUCAUAGGCAAGGCUGCCACGAAAGCAGAGGACCUGAUGACGAGGAGCCUUCUGCAGCCCUACACGGCGGGGACCGCUUCGGAUGGACCGGAGAACAUCGGGAAUCUCGGACCUCAUGGGUUUGGACCUCCUGGAUUUUACUGAUCCAAGCUCUCACGAUUUACAUUCACGUGAAAGUUCUCUUCAAAGACUGGAAAUAAAAGAUCACUGGCCAUGUUAUAUACAGGCACCCUCAUACCCUAACACGGCCGUAUAUAUCUUGCACUGCAUGCAUCUUCGUCUUCUUUUCUCGUAACAACAAUCAAAAGUUCCUAGUUUUGACAUUUACAUUCAAAAAUCAUUCAUUUGAUGUGAAUGGAUCAAUGCUCCUAGUGGAAUAAAUAUCAGCUACAUGAUCUUC